UAGUCACUCUCUAAUGUAUUUACAAAGAAAUGCUUUGUUUUAUAUUCUCACAUAACAUGAAAUUGGCAAAAAGUCAAGUUUGAAAAUCAAGUUAUAUUUCUUUAAAUUGCAAGUCAACUUCUUAAAAUUUUAAUCAACCUUUCUGGUGAACGAUACUGUAUAUACCUGACCAAACAGGAUUUAAAUAUAAAUAUUGAAUCCUAUUUGUUUUUGUUUUAUAAGUAAUUAUAAAAAAUUAGUAUUUCAACUAUUGAGAAAUUAUAUUGCCCCAUGUGAGUUAAUUAUUUAUUCAGCUAUCUGUGAUCUAAAUUAUUAUAAUUACAAAUAGUACAAAUAUUUUGAAGAAAGAUUAAAUAAUAUAUUUGUGACAAAUUAUUUAGUAGUGAUUUCAUUAAAUUUGUAUCUGUGCAAUGUAGAUAGUUUUGUAGUUCCAUAAAAUUUGUAAUUUUUUGUUUUGUGUAGAUAUAUAUUGAUGAUCAGUGACAUGUUCAUAAUAAGUGUCUUGGGUGUAAUGAAAAUACAUAAGUAACUUUUUUGUGUAUCAUGAUUCUCUAAAUUAUUCACUUCAUGGUAGAUAUUUGUGAACAUUUUCCAUGACGAAUAGUAAAUGGACGCACAGGUGGUAAUACUUUUCUCUUUCUUCUUCUUUUUUUUAAAGAAGUUGGGUGGAUGAAACCAUGGCUUUGUCUCUGACAAGGUUCGUUUUUGAAAAAUUGCAAAUAAAAAAGAGAAAACUUGAUCAUGAUUCAGUUCUUAAAAAUAGUUGGAAAUGAAAAUGUAUAAAACUAUAAAAUGUUAUAGUAAGUACAUUAUCCUGUCUUUACAGCAAAAUUAACAGCAGAUGGAAUAUCACUGAAAUGUAAAGUAAGGGUUUUAUUUGAGCUUGUAUAUUAAUGAUAUUGUUUGUUUUUAAAGGACUCAUAUUUUCUGAACAUAAUGAAUUAAUGAGAUGUCACAGUAUUAGAUAUUUAAGAAAAUUUAGAUUAUUCACUGCAGCAUCUUCACAUUGCUCACAUCUUUCUAUUGUGUAAAGGAGAGAAAAAUGUGUUUUCUCUGUUAAUAUGAAUUUCUCAUUUUAGUAACCUUCAAAUUGUAUCUUGAGUAGAUACAAGUUCUAGGGGAAAAAUAACAGUAUUUUGUGCAAGAUACUUUGUUAAAGUAUAGGAAAAGAACUAUAAAGUAGUUAGUCAGAUGUAAUUAUUUUUCAAAACAAUGGCUAUUCUGUUGUAAUUUAAAAGCUUUAAUAUCAUACUGCAAUCUGUCAAGUACAAUCUAUAAGUAUUGGCUUAGGUGCUGAAACUUACAAAGUUCAACGAAUUAAAAACAGUAAAUGAUAAUGAAUCCAGGAUUAUAAUGCAAUUAUAAAGGCCAUUAAAUUAUUUAAGUUAACUAAAAUGUCUCGGUAGAACUACUUGUAAAAAUAAUGUCAGUUAUUAAAUUGGUUUUACUUACAUUAAAAUAAUUUAUUUUAUUUGUACAAUCUCUAAUAAUUAUUGUUAUUAAUUGCAUUGUGAUUCAGGUUUUACAAAAUAAUAUACGUACCAGUUUUCAUAUUAAUAUCUUAUAAAACUUUAAUUUACAUUUGACCUUCAACAAAAAUAUUCAAUUUCCCAUAUUAUCUACAUCUGAACUAAUUAAAUUGUAUAUUGGAUUAGUAUGAAGAAAUAAAAUUAAAUCUUUUCUUCUAUAAAUAUUUCCACAAAAAUUACUUAAUUCUUAUCCUUCUUUACCUAUUGAAGUUUUCAAUAUUGUGUGUGCUAUGAGGAAAUUUAACAUUUUAAGAUUUUUUGCUGAAUCACGAAUGUGUUAAAAAAAAGGGUUAUUUAAAUUGAAAAGUCCACUAAUAAUUUUGUGUGUUUGUGAAUCAAGUCAUAUUUUGGUUUCAAGAUGUGAUGUGUAAAUUUUCAAUCAAUUUUUAAAAUACUCCAUUGCUUGAUUUUAUCAGAGCUUUAAAUAAUCUUUAUCUACUACAUUCUACUUUAUCAUCUCUUAGGUACUAGUAUGGGAGCUGUGCCCCCAGAGAAAAUUUUGGAAAGAAUCUCAUAGUCUUAUGUAAUUUUUCCCUCUUCAAUAUGUUUAAUUGCUUAUUUUCCCUUUUAAAACCUAAUAAUUUGGAAAUUGUACAUUUGUGGAAGAAGCAACUUGGCAACAGUGUAAAUAGUAAAAUUGUAUUUAUUUUUUGUACUAUUAAAAUUAUAAUUUCAUUCCACUUGUACGUUUUAUUCAUUUAUUAGUACAAUAUGUCAUGUAAAUUCGAAAGGUCACAAAAGUAGUUGGGCCCCCUCUUGUUUUUAGACUGUGCACUUGUGUGAAGGCAGGUAUGUUAUACUUUUACAUCGACUGGUCUCAGUAUAAUUACCGUUUAUGAUAAUUUAUCAACGACAGUGAUGUCACUUGGGCCGAUCAGAAAAUGACAUUUAAAACCCGCGCAAUACUGCUAAUCUUUAUGGAUGAAGAUACCUAUUAUUACCCUGAACAUUUUGUGCUUUAAAUAAUAUUAUAAAAUAACAAUUAUUAUUCAAAGCUAAUCUUUCACCACAUUUCCGCCUUCGCGUGUACGUGCGACUUGCCCUGCGUUGCGCUCUCUUGUGGGGCGAAAUCACCACAUUCAGGUGUCUUCGCGAAAAACUAAUUGGAUCUCGUCGGCCCUGCUAACAAAUUCCAAGACGUUUCAAGGUUGUCGGGGUGUGACUUCGUAACCUUGAAGUCAAUUUGCAGAGCGACAUUACGCGCUACGCGUCUGGACUCCGACUUGCCUUCUGAGGAGGUUAAAAGUCCAUCUGCGAAGAUAAAUAGCAUUACAAGCUAAAUUUGUGGUGCUGCCGCGAAGUACUCCCCUCGUACUCCUGUUCUCCGUUGCGUGUAAUACUUGGAGCUGUGCCGGCUGGGAUCACCGUAGAUUGUGUCUAGUGCAUUAGGUAUUGUGAUAUACCAGCAGACGGUGCGACAAGUGAAUUUACGCAACAAUGGCUCUUGCUUUUAAAGUAACACGAAUGCUGGUGGGUGAGGCAUAUACUCUGCGUGGGACACUCUUGAAGGCAUCCAGUCGAUAUGCUAGUUCGGGAAAAAAUUAUGAGUUUAUUUUGACUGAGAAAGUAGGUGAAAAGAGUAAUGUUGGUCUCAUUACUCUGAAUAGGCCAAAGGCACUCAAUGCCCUAUGUAAUGGUUUAAUGACUGAAGUGGGAGAGGCCAUCGAUUUGUAUGAAAAUGAUGACACUGUUGGUGCAAUUGUCAUCACAGGUAGUGAGAAAGCAUUUGCAGCAGGAGCGGAUAUCAAGGAAAUGCAGAAUAAUACCUAUUCUCAAUGCAUAAGAGGAAACUUCCUCAGUCACUGGGACAGAGUUGCACGUUGCAGCAAACCUGUGAUUGCUGCAGUUAAUGGUUAUGCUCUUGGAGGUGGUUGUGAAUUGGCAAUGAUGUGUGACAUCAUAUAUGCUGGAGACAAGGCAAAAUUUGGACAACCUGAAAUUAAUAUUGGAACAAUUCCUGGAGCUGGUGGCACCCAAAGACUGACUCGUGUUGCAGGAAAGUCAAAAGCCAUGGAAAUUUGUUUGACAGGCUUGCCUGUUACUGCACAGGAAGCUGAAAAAAUGGGUUUGGUAAGCAAAAUAUUCCCUGCUGCUGACCUGGUUAAAGAGACUGUUAAGUUGGGUGAAAAAAUCUCAACUCAUUCCCAAUUAAUAGUUGCCCUUUGCAAAGAAGCUGUCAAUACAGCUUAUGAAACCACACUUAAAGAAGGACUUCAUUUUGAAAAGAGAACAUUCCAUGCCACUUUCUCAACAUCGGACCGUAAGGAAGGAAUGACUGCAUUCAUUGAAAAGCGAGCUCCUAAGUUCACUAAUAACUAAGAAUUGCCAACUGAAAGUAAGAAGAACGAAUGGACUAUUAUCAUGAAGUUAAUCAUUGUUUACAAUCUCAUUUGAUUUUUAGCAUUAUUUUGAACAGAGCAAAUAAUACAAUUUGAGAGUUUAAUGCAGUUUUUAUUGAAAUAAUUUUUGUAUGUCAUAUUAUGAAAUAUUUGCAAUAAUAAAUAUUUUUGUACAAUACAAAUUAUUUUCAUAUGCAGUAUCAUUGCAAUCAUUUAAUAGUGAAUGGUGGAUUGAAAUGAAUAAUGAAUGGAGGCUAUUGUAUUGUACAAUACAACCUUUCCCAAAAGUUCAGGAUUAAUAACAACCUCCACCCUCACCAAGACAAACUGGAUCAAGAGGUCGAUGAGGCAACAAAUCCACUUGAUUUUAUUUACUACUAUCAAAAAUCUGUAAAAGCAUGUUACAUACGAGAUAGAAGUGUAGUCUGCACACUUUCAUGAGCUCCAGGAUAUCUACUCCACCCUUUUCUAUAUAUUGUUGAAUAAUGAAUGAGAAUACCAACAAAGGUGAACGAUGUGUAAAAACUUGACACUUUUUCUCCUAAAAAAUAGAAAAUGUAUUUGCAUUAGUAACUAAAGGUUUGAUUUCGUAGUACUGCUAACAAAAUAGCAACCCACAUGCCUGCCUCUACUUCUACCACAAGCAGAAAAAGAAGAGCUCAACGUAUGUGAACAGAUAAAAAAGCUUCAUUUAUGUUUUGAAGCAAAACAAUG